AUGUCGCGCAAUCUUCUUCUCAGGUGCCUGGAGUGCCUGUUCCCGAAUGCGCACGAGGAGGACCACGCAGAGUACGCCAAAGCGGUCAAGUCCAAGACGAAGCACCUGCUGACGGGCGCGACGCAUUACCCGAACUUCGCCCGGCCGAAGCCGUACGUGGUCAAGGACAAGAAGACCGGCGCCAACCCCACGCAGUCCGACAUCGACGCCAAGCGCUUGGAGUUUUGGGCGAGCGCCCAUUCGAGCGGGGGCGACCGAGAGAUUUGGGGAGUGCUCAAGCGAGCCUCAGAGGCGAUGCUCCCCAAGUGGGAAACGAGGGACGGGACGCGUGUUAAGAUGCCGGGCGACCUCGUUUUGGCGCAUUCGAUGGUCUUGCGACAUCCCAUCGUCGUGGCGAAGCCCGACAUGACGCUCUGCGUCGAUCUGCGGGGGUUCAAUUACGUCCUUCCAAAGUACAUCUUGCGCGACCCCUUGAACCUCGAGGACCACUCGCGCGGAAACCCCAACGGCGCGAUCGUGAUGGCGAGGGGGAGACGAGGGCGAGGGGACUCAUCGAGCGGGGACUCGUCGAGCGGAGACGAGGGCGGGUUCAAACUCCCCGCGCCGCCGUCGAGGGACGCCGGCGAUAGUUCCAGCGGGGACGAUGAUUCCGGCAGGUUGCCGCCCAUCGACCCAGAGGUGGUGCGGCCGAGGAUGCUCACAGCGCGUCGGAGAGAAGGGUCGGACGACGCGAGGAAGAAGUUCGCGGGGCGGCGCAUGAUGAGCAACCCGAUGGCGUGA